AGCCCUGGUUUAGAUUUCUGUUCUGGUUAGAAGAUCUGUGUGUAUGGGAGGGGUCAGGCAAUUAUGAGGUCAGCUGAUGGGUUAAGUCAGGUAUAUUUAUGGCCACCCAGAGUCCUCAGAGCUAGACAAGGUGAGCCUAAGCUGGGUGUGUGACUGCUUGGAGCGUGGGGCCUAGUUCCCUGAGAGUUUGUGAUUUUAAGGCGGCAGAGUUGUUUGAAGUACCCAUUUAAGCAGUGUGUUUAUGGUGAACCACAUGUUAAGAAGGCCACUAUUUGUGUAGCUGGGAGUCAACACAAAUAGACCCAGUCUUUCCUUGGUGUUGGUGACUUGGUAAAGAGCAGGUAUGUUUAUUUUAAAACAUCAGUUUUUAUAUACUGCUAAGUUAGGCCUCUGUAGCCCUCUAGUCCAGCCUGCUAGCCCCUGUAGCUCUCUAGCCCAGCCUGCUAGCCCUUGUAGCUCUCUAGCCUAGCCUGCUAGCUUUGUGUAGUUUUCUUUUAGCUUGGUCUGCUAGCCCAUUUAGCCUCUUAGCAGGCAUGGCCAAUAUUGGGAUUGGUUAGACUGAUCUUUGGUCAAAUCAUGGUUAACCAGUUAUGGGACAUUAGAUUGCGGUUAAAAGGGUGUAAUCUAAAGCACUGUUUUGGGGUAAGGCAUUAUAAAACAAUGUAAACUGUGUACUAACUGGUGUGUUUGUUUGUAAUUUAGGCCUACCACUGUGCUUUCUUCUGACUCUUGUCCCCUUACCCUGUAAACUGAGUGGUAUGUUCCUAUGUUAAUUUCAAGGCUAAUGUUUAUUGUAUUUAUAUUGAGAGUAAACUGUUUUUUGUGUGUUUUAGAUUGUUUCAGCGACUGGGUUGCUGGCUGCUUUUCUCUACUUAUAUUUUAUUUUUUUUAUUUUAUUUAUUUUUUUUUGUCAACUUCCCCUAAUGCUGCGGCUUGAGCCAUUUUUAACUUGAGUGUGUUGACUCACAGUUUACGGUACAUUUGGGCCCUGUUUCUAUUAAAACUAAUGUUUGAUUAGGGCAGCCUGUUUGCUAGAAGCCUUUUCUAUUUUAUUUUAUUUUAAUUCUUUUAUCUUUUGUAUUCAGGCUUGGGGUUUUUUGUAACGUUUGGUAGUACCAAUUAGAGUGGGAUAUAUUUUGUUUGCUCACUAAUGAUAUUGUGCAGUGUAAUAUCGUGUGGGGGUUGCUGUGUUUUUUUUAGAAUAUAAUCACGUGUGUAAUUGUAUCCCUAGUUGGUUCCCCAACAUUCUUAACUUUCAAGCUUUUGAAACAAACACCUUACCAAACAACUGACAGUGUUCCCGGUUUUGUUGUAAUCCUCAGAAUAAAGAUUUAUGUAUUUUUGCUAAAAAUUGUGUAUCAAUUCUGUUUCUUUCGGAGCUCCCCUUUGCUCUAGGGUUAAACCAAGGGGUGGCGUAGUCUGGCAUAAGUAGUAAGGGGGCGCCACAUUCUGGCGUAGUCGGCAGGAUCCGAACAAAUUCUGAGGUUGUAACACUGUCAGUUUGGUGUCGAGUAGUGUGAUUGAGCAGCAUUGGGGUAGGUUUUCUUUUUUUUUAAAAGAGAAAAGCAGCUGGUACUCCUAGCAAGAAGAUCUUGAAGAUCCCCACCAUGGACAACGAGUUACAGCGGUUGCGGGAGCAGGUGGAGCAGCUUCAAACAGAGAACGAGAGACUUUCUGUGUCACAAAAUGGGGGUACUGGGGACAACAGUAGAGGAGUUCAUGUCCAACCUGCACGACGAGAGCAGGCCUUUUAUUUGCCCAGGGAAAGAAAGUGCCCAAAGUUCUCUGGCUCCACAGCUACAGGGGCCUUGUCUGUAGAAGAGUGGGUAGAAGAGGUUCAAAGCUGUACGCGAUCUAGAUGCAUUUCUGAUUUAGAUAAAGCAUUGUUUUUAUAUGAUCACUUAGAGGGUGGGGCUCGUAAUGAGAUCAAGUACAGAUCUGCUAUGGUUAGAGAAGACCCAAGGGAAAUUAUUUCGGUUUUAAAAGAAGUCUAUGGGUGUGCAAAAUCUUAUGUGUACUGGCAGCAGCGGUUCUUUGACCGAAAGCAGAGGGACGGUGAAUCUCUGUUUGAUUUUUCCCAUGCCCUAAUGGAGCUAAUGGAUAGGGUUAAACAAUGUAAGAGGGAUGCCAUUGUUAAUCCGGAUGGGGUUUUAAGGGAUCAAUUUUGUGAGAAUGUGAGAGACUCUGCUUUACGUCGAGAACUUAAGCGGCUGGUACGCACAGAUGAGGGGGUCACUCUUUUAGAUGUACGGCGAGAAGCCAUUAGAUGGAUUGAGGAGGGCCAGCCAGGGCGUGACCGGGGGCAGCGUUUAAUUGGGUACAACAGUGAGAUUGCCUCUCAAUGCGAGGCUACAGUGGUACAGCCAGCUGGGCUUGCUGAGUUAAGAGACUUGGUCUUGAAACAGCAAGCCCAGUUGGAUAUGUUGGUCAGACGUCUAGGUCCUGUUAAUUCAAAUUUCCCUACUUCAUCUGUACCACGAGCUAGUCGUUUUAAACGUACUCCUGACGGGCAACCCAUCUGUAUUAAGUGUAACAACCCAGGUCAUAUAGCCCGUUACUGCCAAGCCGCCCCUCCUACCAGGGACAAUGGUCCAGUUCAUCAAGUCCGAAGUCACAGUUCUAGCCCGUCGGAAAACUAG